AGAGUCAGAUACUGGCGAAGCUGUCACCCUCGAGCCUCACUCGGCUCUGAGAUCCCACUAACAUCCAUUCCAAGUCGCAAACCAGAUCAACAGAGAUAUCGAGUCAUCUGCACAUGAAGGAGAAGAUCAAAAUCUGGCCUCGCAGGUCGAGCCAGAUAUGGAUCUCAAGAUCGCACAGGAAGAGCAAGAGCUUCGUCAGAUACUGCAGAAUAAAGAGGUCACUGAGCUUGAGUCCAUCUUGGCAAGUAAGCCUGGUCAGUUGCCCAAGUGGAUCGAGUCACUUGCCAAGGAGGAGGUGCAGAAGAAGGAGCUCCACGAUCUUGCUAUGGCUAAAGACUGGUUCCGUUGAGGCAAUUGAUCGGUUGCAGAGGCUCGAACUGUUGUACUUUGAUUGCAACAUUCGGAUACGAUGCAGGAUUUGGAUGACAUCGGCGUGUGACGAUUGGGACUCUAUACCACAUCCCAAUGACGGAAGUAAUGGAUUCAGAAAUUGGAUCAACUUGCCCAAUAUCCUCUACACCAAGAACUGUACACGUCUAUGCACACUUUCCGCCGUACGACCACAACAUAACUUUUUUCUCCCUCCAAAUGUCAAUCGUAACCCAACCUACGAGUUAUUCCCAGUAGCCACACCCCAGAAAUACGCACUCCACCCUCCAAGCAUAACAAUCACCAUACCCAUAAAACAAACCACCGAAAUCCUUUUGUUCUUCUCCUUCAUCUCGCCCUCGAAUCUCUUUUGGCGAUCUUGCAGGAAAGCACCUCUUGCAAGUCUUUGUUUGCGACUCCACUGCAAGCGACCGAGAUCAGGGCUGAGGAAGGAAAGAGUGAGGAUGAUGAGGGAGAUGGCGAGGGAAGCACAGCCGAAAAAGGCAUAGACGCGGGUUACACGGGUGUAAGAGUUGCCGUCUGCGUCUUGGAGGACGCCGGUGAGGAUGCGGAUAAUACAGGACAUGCUGUUUUUUUGUUAGCUCUGCUUUUCUUCAAGGAUUGGUUGAGAC